GAGCAGCAAACCCCCAUCAAUCGACACGAUGAGCGUUGUUAGAGCAAGAGCAUCACAGCUCGUGAGACUAUGUGCUCGUCUGUCUCACACAAAAGCACAAGCUCCAGAGACCGUGACUGUGUGCGGGCAGACGUACAAGACCGACGAAUGGACGAACAUCACCCCCUCGAUCAUUGCGCUGAGUGAUCGCUCGUUACACUUGAAACCAAACCAUCCAAUUGGAAUCCUGAGAAGCCUCAUUGAAAACCGUUUCCAGGGCUUGGGCUAUACCUACUACAACAACUUCAAACCUGUUGUGUCCACGUAUGAGAACUUUGACUCUCUGGGCUUCCCCAAGGAUCACCCUGGUCGUUCGAAAACAGACACUUAUUACAUCAACGAGUCGACUCUUCUCCGGACACACACCUCUGCUCAUGAGCGUGAAUGCUUCACACAGUGUGAAACACCGGGCUACUUCAUCUCUGCUGACGUCUAUAGAAGGGACGAGAUCGACAGAACACACUACCCUGCCUUCCACCAGAUGGAGGGUGGUAGAAUCUGGCGACGUGAUGACUUUGCCAGCGAGCAAGAGCUCCUGAACAAGCUCCAGCACGAUAUUGAUGCCAUUCCUGAUAUCGACAUCAUCGUCGAAGACACUCCUAACCAAUUCAAUGAGGGUAAUCCUAAACAGGACUACAUGACUGACCGUGAGACUGAGCUCGUGGCGCAACACCUGAAGAGAACAAUCCAGCUGUUGGUGAACGAGGUGUUCAACGAGGCCAAGAAGUCUGCAAAGCUCAGUGGCAGCGAUGAGCCCUAUCUCAACGAGCCUUUGAAGGUGAGAUGGGUUGAGGCCUACUUCCCAUGGACUGCUCCAAGUUGGGAAAUCGAGGUGUGGUGGAAAGGCGAGUGGCUCGAAUGCUGUGGAUGUGGUGUUGUUAGACAGCAAGUGUUGACGAACUCUGGAAUUGAAAACACCAUUGGAUGGGCUUUUGGUAUUGGAUUGGAUAGAAUUGCAAUGCUCCUCUUUGGCAUUCCAGAUAUCAGACUGUUCUGGACUUUGGAUGAGCGUUUCCACAACCAAUUCGAGCAGGGCAAGAUCACAACCUUCAAGCCAUACUCCAAAUACCCAGGAACCGUAAGAGACGUUGCAUUUUGGGUGCCAUCCGUGGAUGAGAAGGUCCACAUCAACGACAUCAUGGAGAUUGUGAGAAACAUCGGUGGUGACCUUGUUGAAAGCGUGACUCUGAUUGACGAAUUCACUCAUCCAAAGACCGGUAGAAACUCGCAGUGCUACAGAAUCAACUACCAGUCGAUGGAUAGAAACGUCACCAAUGAAGAGGUCAACGUGCUACAAGACACUGUCCGUGACACCAUCAAGGAUAAGUUCAAUGUGGAAUUGCGUUGAUCAUCACUCAUAUCCUUUAUUACAGCAAGUAUAUAGACAGAAGGCAGUGGAGAGAAAUCAUGUAAAUACACAGUUACUAUUUGCCAACUAUACCUCUGAAGAAAUCUUCAAAUGUUUCAAACUUGUCCACGUCUAAGAGCUCAUCCAGCUCACCUGAUUUCAUAGCAGUUAAGCCACUGUGGUCCAGGGAGGAGUUGCGUGACGAAAGACGGAU